GGCGCCAGCGAGGGUGCAGAGAUAAUGGAUGACAUUUGAUGAGCUCAUAUCUCUGAUUAUCUCUGUCUGCUUGUUUCUGUCGGUCUCAGAGAGAGCCACUGUAAACCAACAGGUUAAACACCUGAAGGUGAUGAAUGGAAGCAUCAAGAAACUGGUUGAAGCUGGCCAGGUGGUUGCUGUACAGCGAGACAGAAGUGGCCUCAGCUCCUCCAGAAUAACUUUACAAGAUGGUCAACUGCACCUCCACACUCUACUACACCAGUCUCCACCCACCCAUUCCUACUCUCUCCAGCACAGUGAUGUGGUGGGGAUACUGGAGCCUUCCUCCACUAUGGCAUUCCUUGACCUGGCAUGGGGUGGCUCAACCAAAGGCAGAGUCUACAUUCGACUGAGAGCAGACACUGGGCUGGGCAGGCAGUUUAUGUCAUUGUGUACAGGGAACCGAGGCUCCUCUUAUCUCAACACUAAACUUUUUAGGGUGGGGAACAAAGGUUGGCAGGGCAAGUGUGUUAAGGGUGGAGAUAGCAAGCAUAAUACACAAGCAGCAGCUCCACCAUUAACUGACCAGCUUGAACAGUACCAGAGGUCCCGCAGUGCUGGUACUGUGUGCUCACCCUGGGGACUGACCACUAGUCAGUUCAUCAUCUCCACUAGGAGCCACACACAUGGUUGCCAGUGGGACUAUGUGUUUGGUAAAGUGGUAAGUGGAUUGGAUAUAGUGAGGGAAGCAGUCAACCAUAUGAACAUUCUGGAGGUGACUGUUGUGGACUGUGGUGUUGUGCUAGCACUUUAGUUCACUAAAUCAUCUCUAUUACAAGAUAAAUUUGUGCAAAAAUUACUUCUUUUUUUUAGUAUGUCAACUAAUUAUGUAAUAAUAUCUGUUAUAACUAGUAUUAUUAGUUCUCAAAUAAUGAAUAGUUGCACCUCUGAAUAUAUAUUUCUUUUACAUUUAUAUGUAACUGUUGUUGACGAUGUUUUCCAUCAAUUGUUCAUUCAUCAUUAUUACAUUUAUUUUAAUACUGCUUUUGUUUCACUUUUCCAGCUCGUAGUCAAUUUACCAUUGUGUGCAAUACACAUCAUAUAAAAGUUACUGUAUUAUUAUCUUAUUUUCUACAUUUGUAUUAGUUUGGAAAUUUUCUUGUGAUAAUUUUGUCACUUUUGUAAUAGAACAUUAGUUUUGCACAACAAUUGCUAAUUCUAAACAUCUGUCAACCUUUAGUUUUAAUCAUUACUAUUGUCACUUAUUAAUAGGACUCUGCAAGUUUUGAAUUUGCAACUCUUAUUAUACAGUUAUUUUACUUUUGUUCUCUGUAUUGAAAUUUUUUUAUACCCUAUAAUGCUUUUUAUUAAAUGGUUUAAAUAUUUUCA